AUGGACCGCCCCUCACUCCGCGUCGUGGCUUCUACAAGCAAUCCAGAUGGAUCUUUACCAGCCAAAAGAGAUCAGACGCACAACCGAGAGUCGUUCUUCAAGAGCGUACAAUGGUCGGCCGAUGGGACAACGCUCUUCACAUCCUCCUUCUCAAACCGCAUCUGCAGCUUCGUGCUACCUGAGACCCUGCUGGAACCCAGGGAGUCUCCCGUAGAGCUCACAGCCAACGGCACUAUUGCCCUCCCCGAACCAACCAGCGCCAUCGCCCCCUGCCCUUACUUUGCGCUCGAACAACCCGCAACACAGGCCCUGCUCACAGCCAGCACCGACCACCCCAUCCAUCUCCACCAUGCCUUUCCCCCAUCACCAUCCUCAUCACCGUCUCUCGAUGACAAUGGCAACGAUGACGACGAGGAUGACAACGACAACGGCCCAUUCACCCCUCCACCCAAACACCUAAAGCAACCCCCACCCCUGGCCUCCUUCCGCCUCAUCAAGCACGAGACGGAAGCCUACCUCCCCGUGGCCUCGCUGAUCUGGCCCGCCCCGGGAACGCACUUCGUCGCGGGGACCACCAACCGCAUCGCCCUCUUCGACGUCUCCCGCCCGGACACCCUCCAGCCAGAUCCGCUGCUCACCAUCCCGACCAUCCCCUCGACCCGCCACCUGGCCAAGGGCGGCGGCGUCGGCAUGCGCGGGACCGUCUCGGCGCUUGCCUCGCAACCAAUCAUUAAUGCUGCUGCUGAUGGUGGUGGUGGGCUGCUGGCUGCGGGGACGUGGACGCGCAGCUUGGGGCUGUAUGAUGUGAUGCGCAGCGGGGAGUGUGUCGCCACCUGGAGCGUUGCGGGCGCCGCUUCAGAGGAGGUGGCCCGUGUGGGCGGGAGAGGGGUGCUACAAACUUUGUGGUCGCCUUGUGGACGGUACCUGGUGGUGAAUGAGCGGGGCGCGACGGGGUUGUUGGUGUAUGACCUCCGCGGGACGCACCGGUUGCUCGGGUGGCUGGAAGGAAGAGAUGGGAGGACGAAUCAGCGGUUGAGUUGUGACGUGUUUCCCGGGACUGAGCGUAUUGGAGGUUUUGAGGUGUGGGCUGGGACGAAGGAUGGGGGUGUUGUUGUGUGGGAAGGGGUUGGGAAUCAGGAAGGCGGUGUCGCACCGUCUUGGGACUGGCAGGCCCAUUGUUCGGCGGUAGGGGCUACUGCCAUGCAUAUGAGCGGGUCGGUUGUCGCGACCUGCUCUGGGUCGUGGAACAUUGUGGACGAUAAUGAAGGGCAGAGUUCUUCUGAUAGCUCAGAUGAGUCGGGUUCGGAAACGAGUACAGCAAGGCAGAGCAGCUGGAAGCCCCGGGUUGUGGUUCAGGAGACGAGCCUCAAGGUUUGGAGCUUA